GCCGCCGUGGUCUUCCCCGCGGCUGCCUCCGCUGCUGUUGCGGUCCCUGCGGAACUUUGCGAGUAGAACGGCUGAGGCGGGCCCGGGCGGGGCCGGGGUUCAGGCCACUCUGCAGAAUGGAGAUAAUCAGGAGCAAUUUUAAGAGUAAUCUUCACAAAGUGUACCAGGCCAUAGAGGAGGCCGACUUCUUCGCCAUCGAUGGGGAGUUUUCAGGGAUCAGCGAUGGACCUUCAGUAACUGCAUUGACAAAUGGUUUUGACACUCCGGAAGAAAGGUAUCAGAAGCUUAAAAAGCAUUCCAUGGACUUUUUGCUGUUUCAGUUUGGCCUUUGCACGUUUAAGUAUGACCACACAGAUUCAAAGUAUAUAACAAAGUCAUUCAACUUCUACGUGUUCCCAAAACCCUUCAAUAGAUCCUCGCCAGAUGUCAAGUUUGUUUGUCAGAGUUCAAGCAUUGACUUUCUAGCAAGCCAAGGAUUUGAUUUUAAUAAAGUUUUCCGCAAUGGAAUUCCGUAUUUAAAUCAGGAAGAAGAAAGGCAGUUAAGAGAGCAGUAUGAUGAAAAACGUCUGCAGUCCAAUGGCGCAGGAGCGCUGUCUUACAUAUCUCCAAACACUUCCAAAUGUCCUAUGACAAUUCCUGAGGACCAGAAAAAGUUCAUCGACCAAGUGAUAGAGAAAAUAGAAGAUUUACUACAAAGUGAAGAAAACAAGAACUUGGAUUUAGAGCCAUGUACUGGGUUCCAAAGAAAACUGAUUUAUCAGACUUUGAGCUGGAAGUAUCCCAAAGGCAUCCACGUUGACACUUUAGAAACUGAAAAGAAAGAGCGCUACAUUGUCAUCAGCAAAGUAGAUGAAGAGGAGCGUAAGAGGAGGGAGCAGCAGAAACUCGCUAAGGAACAGGAAGAACUGAAUGAUGCUGUGGGGUUUUCUAGAGUCAUCCACGCCAUUGCCAAUUCGGGAAAGCUCGUUAUUGGACACAACAUGCUCUUGGAUGUCAUGCACACAGUUCAUCAGUUCUACUGCCCUCUGCCUGUGGACCUAAAUGAAUUUAAGGAGAUGACAACGUGUGUUUUCCCUAGACUCUUGGAUACAAAAUUGAUGGCCAGCACACAACCUUUUAAGGAUAUCAUUAACAACACAUCUCUCGCAGAAUUGGAAAAGCGGUUAAAAGAGACGCCUUUCAACCCUCCUAAAGUUGAAAGUGCGGAAGGUUUUCCAAGUUACGACACAGCUACGGAGCAGCUCCACGAGGCCGGCUAUGAUGCUUAUAUCACAGGGCUGUGCUUCAUCUCCAUGGCGAACUACUUAGGUUCUUUUCUUAGCCCUCCAAAAAUUCAUGUGUCUGCCAGAUCAAAACUCAUUGAACCUUUUUUUAACAAGUUAUUUCUUAUGAGAGUCAUGGAUAUCCCCUAUCUAAACUUGGAAGGCCCAGACUUGCAACCGAAACGGGAUCACGUUCUCCAUGUGACCUUCCCCAAAGAGUGGAAAACCAGCGACCUUUACCAACUUUUCAGUGCCUUUGGUAACAUUCAGAUAUCCUGGAUCGAUGACACAUCAGCCUUUGUUUCUCUCAGCCAGCCCGAACAAGUACAGAUUGCUGUCAAUACCAGCAAAUAUGCAGAAAGCUAUCGGAUCCAGACCUAUGCCGAAUAUGUAGGAAAAAAACACGAGGAGAAGCAGAUCAAGAGGAAGUGGACAGAAGAUACCUGGCAGGAGGUUGAGAGAAAACGAUUAAAGACUCAGUCCAUGUCCUACGCUCUGCAGAAUCAUUACUAUCACACCAACAGUCUUACAGCCACCGGCGCGGUAGAAAAGAGAAGUCUGAGUCCCAGCCCAGCAGAAGCUGACUUGGAGGCCAGAGUAUCGGGGGAGAUUUCUGACGCCGAGCUCGAGCAGACAGAGUCCUGUGCAGAACCCGUCUCCGAGGGAAGGAAAAAGGCCAAGAAAUUAAAAAGAAUGAAGAAGGACCUUUCACCAGCAGGAGGCAUCCCCGACAGCCCGGCCAAGCUCUUCGAAGUGCCCGACACGUGGUAACCGAGGCCGGAGGGAAACACACCGCUGGGGCCGUGGCUGAGGCGAAACCAGCCAGCACAUUCGGAAGCCAUACUGUAUUUAAUUUAAUAAAACGUGGUAUGGGAGGGCUUGGAAACCAAGUAUGCGUCCUGGAAAAAAAACAAACAAACCAACCCAGUUUUUAUUUUCGUGGCCGUGUCUCUUCUCUUCCCUUUUAAUGUAAAGUGUCUGCUGCCGCUCAGCGCCAUGGUAGGCUGUCAGGAAUGUGCACAUUCACCCGUCCAUCCUUUGUCGCUUGCGUGAAGCCCUUCCCCCCGUGAACGUUCGCGUGUUUCAGAAUCCACCGGGCAGGAAACGCCGGCCGUGAACCAGGCACAACGCCAACAUGCUCGGGCGCUGUGGUCAUGGGUUUGGGGUUGAAGUCCUCCCCGCUCCACGGGGCUCUCUUUGGACGCAGCGGCCUCCCUGGCCGGCGGCUCAUCUCGUCUCCCGAUGGAUGGAGAGCCCACUCGCGUCUGCCUGCUUCCCCCUGCAUCUGCCGGAAAACACGGAGCGCUCAAGCCACUGUUUCCAGAAGGAAACAGUCUCCCGCUGUCCACCUGUAGGGGAGCGUCACCUCUGCCUUGGCCUUCGGGCCGUAUUUAUUUAGAGUCCUUUGCCCCAAGAUGUGAGUUUCUCAUGGCAGACUGUAUGAAUACGAAAAGUUAUCUUCUGUUUUUACGUGUAGUGCGGCGCUCCCUCCCCCGCAUCUCAGCCUGCUCGUCCUCUGUGUGUGUCUGUGUCUGUGUGUGUCUGGGUCUGUGUGUGUGUGUCUGGGGAUGAAGUGGCACAUAUGCGUGUGUGUGAGUGUGCUUGAAACCACAGAAGAUGCAUACCAGCCCUUCCUCUAUUGACAUCGAUCCCAACAGCGACAGAAUUUCACGGAUCUGUUGUCAGUAGGUCUGCUUUAUAGAGAUCAUUGUUAGAUACUGAACAUUUUUUGUAUCAUGGAAAUAAAAAAUGAAAUAUGUAUUUCCAAAAGAUGAAAAUUAAAGGAAUUUUCGUAGGA